AUGGACGUUGCAGAUAAUACAGUAGCGCUUGUGACAAAGCAUUGCGGCCUCCAACUGGAGCUCUAUCAGAAGUGUGUCACCCAGAACCCUGAGAACUGGGACAUCAAGUGCAUUACUCAGAAGCGCGCCUUGGCAAAGUGCUCCGAAGACAAUGUGCCGAUCAUCAAGCAUGUCAAAGAGAUGUGCGAUCCAUUUAUCAAGGACUACGACGCCUGUGUGAUGAAGAAUCAACAAGACCCGACUGUCUGUCUAGAAUCGCUCAAGCGGCUGUUCCACUGUACAGAGGAGCAUGGAAAAUUGCCUCCAACAGGACCUCCCCGCGCGGAUGCUGCUUCAGGAACAUCGGAUGCCAAGGCAGGAGCUGGAUACGGAUACAGAGGAGGCAUUUAA